CACACACUGUGGCUUGACUUUGGUCCUAAAUUAAAUUUCAACAAAUUAUUCUCUCACACGCUGCGUGGAAAACGAAUUUCUUUUUGCACUGCCGGCCCGGUCCCACUAUAAAUCGAUGCGUCUCAAUGUCGACGACAAAUGUGAACUUUUUCGAGGCAGCCACAGAAGCCGAGAGGCGCGAAGCGGAUACGCGAAGCCUCUGCUGCUGCGAAUACAUAGGACAUGAUAAGCAGCCAUUUCAUAUCUUAGGAUGCUGUUGUAAUUGCGAAGACUUUGACUUGGUAUGCACACGACUCAUCACGUGUAAACGCAUUGAACAGCGCAACAUAGACGGCAUGUUGAUUGCAUUCCAGGACCGGCUGCGUUUACCAUGGCGUGGGGGCGCCAAACGCAUAUCACUCGCUGCACUGGCGCCAGCCAUAAUACUGCCCAUCAUGAUGGGGCUGGCGGCGCUCAAUGCCAAGACUGCUAUAGUAAUAAUGCUCACGCUGAUGGUCUUUACAUAUUGGGGCUUGCAAAUCGCAGAACGGACGGCCACGAAAACCAGCUUCUUUUUAAGCUGGGUUGUCUUUUCGGUAAUCUACAUGGCGUUGAUUUUUGAGUGCGAAGUGCCGCUGCUGGAGCUGCUGCCGAUAGAGAACAAUAUAUUGCUGUUAUUGUCAUUGGGUGCCAUAUGUUUGUGGUAUCGCAUCAAGAAAUUGGCGCCGCUCAAUCUGGUGACCGCGCAAUACGGAACCACGCCCAAGGAUGAACUGCCAGGCAUCACGGAAGCCUCCAGUGGCGAGGAGCAGGCCGAGCAGCAGGCACACGAAUCUAUCAGGCUAAAGGGAGACACUGUGCUCGGCAUCGACGAUGAUGAUGAUGAUGACGCUGCUAUAAACAGCUCUGAACAUGCUGGACUUAUGCAGCAUGCCGCCCAACCAAAUAUCUGUGAGACUUGUCGCAAGGUGACGCCCCGGCAUGCCUAUCAUUGCGUCGUCUGUGGCAGCUGCGUUAAGCGUCGCUCUCAUCACAGUUACUGGCUCAACUGCUGCAUUGGUGAGAACAAUUAUCGUUUGUAUCUGGCGGCGCUGGCGUUAUCCGAAUGUGCGCUGCUGCUGGGCGCCAAUUUGACAUUGACGGCCGUUUGCCAUCCAUUCUUGGUGGUGCGUCUGCUGAGCCUUCCCCUGCUGCUGCCCGAUGACUGCAGUGAGGUCUUUGAGGACUUUGAAUUGGGCAUAUCGUUUAUUGUGGCCGGCUAUGCCAUGCUCAUCUCUUGCUAUAUUGCCUUUGUCCUGGUGCGUCAAUUGUAUUUGUUGUGGCGUGGCACCACCAUGCAUGAAUAUAAGCGCGCGCCAGCUCACAAUGGAAGUCGCAAUCGGGUUUGGAGCAAUUGGCGGGCUAUUUUAAAUUGAUGCAACGAGCGAGCAUCAGCUACAUUUGGAAGCCCGAAUACUAUAAUAGUAAAGCCCAAAUACUAUUUAUUAAAGCUAAGGUACUUAGUUGUAUUAUGUA